CGAAGGAAGGAAAGUAUUGAAUUGCUUCUUCCCCAAAAUUAAGCAGUUUUUACGCAUCCCUUCUUCGCUGGUCUUCUCCAAGGAAACUCUUGAAUAUUUGGCCGAUCUUUGCUGUCGAUUACAUCUUCUCUUCUUCAUCUAAGGAAAGUCGAUAUGUGCUCUUGAUCUUCUCUUAUAAUUUUCUUCUCUUUUCAACCAAAACCAAUAGCGAAACAACUCCGAAUUUGAAUCUUUGGGAACAAGAAAGUUUGUUGGCCACUAUAGCUUUGAACGAAGGCGGAUGAACGGCAAUGACCAAGGUCGGACAGAGCUGCUCUAGGUUUUUUUCCUUUCUGAUGCUCAAAUUAUAAUUUAGGGUUCCACUAAUUAUUGGUUUCGAACAUGCAAUCCGAUAAUUUUUUCACCAAUAUUUAUCAUAUAUUGCUUCGUAUUUUCAUUCUGCAAUUACACUACUGAUCAGUCAUUGCUUUAGAAUUUAAAAGUUUUCAUCAUAAAAGAGCAUUUUCGGUUUUUAAUAAACACAGAGAAAGAUAUUGUCCAGAUGGACUUUGAAGAUGAACAAAUCAAUUCUUUUCAGUAGAUGGUUACAUGCAACAACAUACUUGCGCAGUUUGUUGAGAAAAUAACAACAAAAACAAGUAAGUUCCCAAAAGUGGAGUUUGGUGAGGGUAGAACUAAGAAGUAUGCAAACCUUACCCUUACCUACAAUCCCACAAAGGCAAUUUCAAAAAGACCUUCCGCUCGGGUUAGAAAAAAUGUCAAAAGGAGAACAAAAGGGAAAAACUACUACAUAACAAAAGGGAAAAACAACUACAUAAAAGAGAAGAGGUGAGAGGAUAGCAACACAUAAAAAUGCAAAAAUCUUACAAAGACACACCUAAAUCUCUCCUAUAACCCGGCUCGAAACUAAAUUGCCUUCAAAUAGUGAAACUUUAGUUGUUUGCUGAAUCAAAAUCCAUGGGUUUGUUUGAAUUGAAGAGAACACUCAUCUUCUUGGAAUUUUGAUUAUUUCUUGCGAGUAUAGUGUUAGAGAGAAGAUCAAUUUUUAUUGAAAAUUUCACAUAUGCAAUCCACCAUAUAUUCUCUGUUGAAUUUGUUUUGGAAUCAUAUACUUCAUAUACUACGUAUGUUCUUAAGAACAGUUGGCAUUACAUAGCAGUAAAUACUCAUCUCCAAUCUGUAGAAUUGCCAAGGCGGACUUAGAGUGAAAAAAAGUCGACUAACUACUCUGUAUUCUUUUUUUGGUGAAAAAUCUCUUUCCGUUUCUAUUUCCACCUGGAGACCCAUUAGACAGGUCAACCUUCCAGUUGCGUUUGUUAGACAAAAUAAUCACAUAGGCUACCAUUUUUGCCAGCUUCAGGCUUCUAAUAGUUUCACUUCUCCAAAUUACUCAUGCUAAUCAAUUUAUGGGUAUUGCUUAAAAUACUCUGUAUAUGGAAAACUUGAAAGUACAUUUAUCUACUUAAUCCUACAAGUUGGUUUUCAGAGAUGUAACACAACCUUUACGAUACCCUAUAAGAAGAUGAAUCCCUGUUUGUAUUUCAUGAGUGCAAUUUAGUUUUAUUAGAGAUGUAUACUUGGCAUAUUUAUAUUAGACAGGAUCAUGAUGGGGUUGUAAUGGGGUAAGGAGGAGUUCUGCGGUUGGGAGAACUCGAGCACAAAAAGGUAUUUUUUCCCAAUUAUUUCUUAAUUGCCCAAGCUGGUCAUCUCAAAGAGCUCCAAGCCCAGCUUUGGUGUCUCAGUUAAAAUUUGGAGGUCAGAUUUUUAUUAGAUUUUCAGCUAUUGGCAUUCUCUUUCAUUUUUUCUCCUUUAUUUUCAAGUGUAUUCUUACAAAAGAACUAAAUAUACACAACUAUGUAUUUUUCUUUCUUGCAGUUGCAGAUAGACUAUAAAGUCUCUAAUCCUAAUCUUUUAGGAGAAGGUGGUGCAGUAGAGAAUGGACAAAUUGGCUCUAUUUGAUAAAUUUGCAUUGGCAGGUUCAUGGGCAAAGAGAAUGGACUUAGACAAUCAAAACCACCCACUCCACAGCCACCACAAAAACCAGCCAUGGAUCCCUGGGCAAAGUCCCGGCUCAGCAGGCAGUUUGCACCACCCAAAGAGGAGAAACGACCCAACUCCGAGAAUUGAAAAAAGGGUGAAAACAGAAAAAUUUAUUACAGGCGUAGCUGGGCUUGGUAUUGCUAGAUUAGUUUAUGAGCAUUAAAGCACUCCAGUUUAUUAGUGUUCUCCCUUCUUCCGCUGACUCAAUAUCACAGGGAUAUUGUCCUUUUUUCCACCUCAAAUUCCCCUAGAGUUGUAUAACACCAACAAAUUCAAUCGAGAUGGUCUUCGUGGAUGAACAUUUUACUUUGAAAAGUUCAUUUUUAGGUACUCUUGCAUUAAAUUAAUUAUAGAGAUCCCUGCAACAAUUUUAAGAACAACAAUAUCGAUUUAAAGAUUAACGUAUUUAUUGUUUUAUUUUGUAACUGUGUAUGCAUAUG